UACCAGAGUAACGGUCUGACUAGGCAAUAUUUUUUUAUAGCUAGUUAGGCCUUUGGACCAGGAAAACACAGACAAAUCAACAUGCCAUUUUCAGCAUGAAAUGUCAGUUGACCUAUCCACUCAUUUGUUUCUUUACCUUUGAAUGCACUGAAUGUAGGACUGGCAUUAAGGACGCAUGUGGUUGUGGAUGGAUUGUUUAGCCAAAAUCCUUGGCUUGUUGCAACAAUAAUGGAGAAUAGUGGGCCUCUAAGUGGAUGUCAACUUGCUAACUGACUUCAAUAAAUGUCUCCACAACCAUGAGUGUGUCUAUUUCUCAAUAAAAUAUCAAAGGAAUGCAAAGCACCUUGACUGUGACCGCACGCUAACGAUUUGAAAGCAUGGCAGAGUGGCGGCAAGUUUAUGAGAAUGUAACCAACAACUGGUAUGUCUACUCACCUUUUCCGACUGAUCGCCGAAGGGAUGCCUUCCUCAAUUUUGCUUUCUAGUAAUUGGGUGUAUGUUUCUCGACAAAUGUGACGAAUUGAAGCGUUUUGCGUUUCCAACCAGAGGCUGGGCCAGAAGUGGAGCACAUGUUUGUCUCGGACAUCACGUCAGACAGUUUACACCAGGCCUGGAUUGCGGAUGAAGAAAUGUUUGAUAGACUUGUGAUCAAAAUUAGGGACUCCACAAAGUUUGAGCAUCCACAAGAAUGAAAUGUCCUCGGUGAUGAGCGAACCAAAGAUUUAAAUUUAACAGGACUCACCGGCGGCACCGAGUAUAAAAUCAGGCUGUAUGAUGUCACAUUGGAAUUGAGCUCUCAACCAAUUACCGGUGAUGCGCGAACAGAUAUUUUAAUAGAGGAUCUAUUGUGCCAAAGCACAAUGUGGUCUACAACUCACACAACUUUUAACUGUCUGGUUUUUCUGGAAACGGGUGACUACAAGAAACAAUAGGCUGCUGUUCUUUAUUUGACUGGGUUUUCUAAUAACACAUUUUGUUUUGACUGGUUUUAUUUUUUUCAAGAGGUAUCAGGGAAAUGUCUUAAUUGCCACUGAUCAUUCUUUGAUGUGCUAAUAAUCCUAGGCCUGUGAGCAUACUUCAGGGUUUAAGGGGCAGAAAAUUGGUUUUUCAUGUUUCUUUUUCCCCAUUUUAUAUUAUUUUCAGGAAUAUGGAGACACCAUAUUUUUUGCAUUCGAUCUGCGGUGCUUCUCAUGCUUUAAAUGCAGAUCAAAUUCCAUGUGUUUUGAUGCCCAUUGUAGAUUCAUUUUCAUGGCCUAUACAUUUUACUGAUUAAACUGGUUAAAGAGUUAAAGACACAAACAUAUGAGCUUUUUUUGCAGCAUGUUCGACAAAGGUUUAAUGUAUUGGUAUUCAUGCAUCAAAAUGUACUCAUUAAAUUUACUCCCAUUGAUAGCCUAUAAUAGGGAUGUAUGAUAUGCACCACUGUUGAUGUGUAGAUUGUUGGUUGCAGCAUGUUUCAAGCCUACUCCGGCUGGGGUGAUUGUGGUGGGCCUUUGUAUGUUUUCAGGAACUGUGUUUUCUCACUGGAAUUUCAUGUCUUUCUGGAGUUAUCAUUUUAGCAAAGUCUUUGAGUACAUUUGUGUGCUUUUCUGAUUUCUCACUGCGCAUAUUGACACACCAUAGGCGAUAGGACUAUUGCAUCAAAUAAACUGACCACAGUAGAAUCGAUUCCUGAUCAAAAACCAAACUCAAACAUAUCAAUCUAACUUUUGUCGUUUUUGUGCUUGCCUUUUUAACCCUGACCCCAUCGCUGUGCCAGGCCUGGGCGCUCCAAGGGGAAUCCGCUUCUCUGAGGUGACCGAGUCCUCGGCCAUAGUCCACUGGACCAUGCCUCGUGCCAGAGUGGACAGCUACCGCAUCAUCUAUGUGCCCCUCCAAGGAGGUAGCCCAAUGACAGUGCUAGCAGAUGGGACUGAGACCCAGGCCUUGCUGCCUAACAUGUUGCCAGGGGUGACCUACCAGGUGACCAUAUUCUCCAUGAAGGACCUGGAGGAGAGUGACCCAGGGACAGACACCAUCACCACAGCUCUGGACAGGCCUCAGGGUCUUUCUGCUGUCAACGUCACUGACACCACCGCCCUGCUGCUAUGGCAACCCACUCGGGCCACUGUCGAUGGCUACGUCAUCACCUACAGUGCAGAUUCAGUGUCCCCAGUGAUGGAGCAUGUUUCUGGGAACACAGUGGAGUUUGAGAUGGGCUCUCUGGUCCCUGCCACCCAUUACACAGUUGGGGUAUACGCCAUGAGGGGAGCACUAAAGAGUGGCACCACCACCACCGAAUUCACCACAGAUGUGGAUUCCCCUCGUGACCUAGCGGCCAGUAACGUCCAGACAGACAGUGCCACUCUCACUUGGAAGCCCCCGCGUGCCGACAUCACCGGAUACGUCCUCACCUUCACCUCAUCUGACAGCACAGUCCGGGAAGUGGUCCUGAGCCCUACAGCCACAUCAUACAGCAUGACUCAGCUGAGUGGCACUACCGACUACAACGUCAGGCUACAGGCCAUCGCUGGAGCCCAGCGGAGCCGCCACGUCACCACCGUCUUCACCACCAUCGGAGUGUUGUACAGAUACCCUAAGGACUGCUCACAGGCUCUGCUGAAUGGAGACACCACCUCUGGAAUCUACACCAUCUACCUGGGAGGAGAAGAGAGCCAGCCCAUCCAGGUCUACUGUGACAUGACCACCGACGGAGGUGGAUGGAUGGUGUUCCUGAGGCGCCAGAGUGGAAAGCUGGAGUUCUUCAGGAACUGGAAGAAUUACACUGGUGGUUUUGGGGACAUUAAUGCUGAAUUCUGGUUUGGUCUGGCUAACCUCCACAAGAUGACAACAGCAGGCCAGUACGAGCUGCGUGUGGACCUGAGGGACAACGGGGAGUCGGCCUAUGCUCAGUAUGACAAGUUCACGAUCGCAGAACCCCGUAGCCGCUACAAGAUCCACGUAGGAGGGUUCAGCGGCACAGCAGGUGACUCUAUGACUUAUCACCAGGGCCGUCCCUUCUCCACAUAUGACAAUGACAAUGACAUCGCUGUCACCAACUGUGCCCUGUCCUAUAAGGGUGCCUUCUGGUACAAGAACUGCCAUCGUGUCAACCUUAUGGGGAGAUAUGGUGACGAUAGUCACAGCAAGGGUAUCAACUGGUUCCAUUGGAAGGGACACGAGCAUUCAAUACAGUUCGCCGAAAUGAAGAUUAGACCAGUCAACUUCAGAAACUUUGAAAGUCGAAGGAAAAGAUCAUAGACUUUAUACUGCCCUCCUCCCCCCCUAGCUCUCUCCAAGCCCCCCCCCCCAGGAGCAUUACCCAUUGACCCUCUUUUGAACCUCAAUCUUCAGUUCACCAAGUCGCACAUCAAGCAAGGACAAUCAUGUUACUGAAUGUGUUUUUAUCCAACUAGCUGUCAAUAUUGGGAUGGAUACGUUAUACCAAAAACGGCACAAUCUGACUUUUGUGUGUUUGAUUUAUUUUAUUGUUUGUGUUCAUUGGAACAUUUACAAGCAAAACAUGGCUCCUUAUAGGUCCAAAGAUAUUUGAAUAUGCCGAUGAGCAAUAAGGCAGAUUGAUUAUGAAAUGUGAAACAAUGAAAGGUGAUUUCAGUUACUAUUUUUACGGAAAGGGUAAAAAGAGUCCUAUUCCAAUUUUGACACUCGCUCUUACAUUCUAAUCUCCCACACUUUCACGUUCUUUCUCUCUGGCAGUUGAUUGAAAAACUGUCUGAGCAUUCAGAACCCAUUGUACAUUACUGCAGACAGCACAGUUGAACUUUUCAACUAGCAACAUUUCAGAGAAACGUGACAAUAAUAACGUGGCUUGAUGCCACAUCCCUCAGUCUUUCUAAGGAGGGAGAAAAUAAAGUUAUAUAGGUUAACAAAAUUCCCCUCUAUUCAUACAGUAAAUCCUUCAACAGACUUGAGGGAAAUACCGACUAAAUUAGGCAUAAUUUGUUUCAUGUUGAGUGAUUGAUAUUUAGAAUUACAUUUUCUAUUAUUGAUAUAAUUGAAUACCGGUUUAAAUUAUGCUUUAAUUCUGUUUUCAACUGAAUGAAAAACACAUGUCUAUAUGUAACCCUCGAUACAAUAAAAGAUACUUUGUUAAAAGA